AGAAAAAACGAAAUAAAAUAAAAAAAAGAUAGAGGAUUUGGUAAAGUAAGAUAAAUGUAUAUAUACAUAUACAUUUACAUAUACGUACAUAUAUACAUGCAUGUAACGAAAGAUAAAUCAGGGAAGAGCUUGGAAAGUAAGGGUGCUGGUGGGGGGGGUUAGUCUCGAAGCGUGCGUUGGUUAGUAGAAAGCUACGCGUCAGAGCUCAGUUCGUUUGCGACGCUCGUGUCGUUCGCGUCUCUUUCGUGUAUUGUUAUUGUUAUUAUUAUUAUUAUUGUGUAGUUAUUAUAGUUCGAUCCGUCGUCGUCGUCGUCGCCGACGUUGUUCCUUCUUCGUUUCGAUUAUUUUCAUUCGUUCGGUUCGUGUCAUUGAACGGGGAUAUAGAUAAAAGAAAAUCAUCGAGAGUGUCUUGAAAUAAUUCAUGAAAAUUUUCAACUACAGUGAUCGAUAUAAUCGAGAUAAUUGCUGUCCAUUAUUACACAAACGAAUUUGUCUAAAUUGAUAUAUAAUAAUAUCUUUUCUUUUUCUUUCUUAUAUACAUAUAAUUAAGAUUAUAAAAUAUGAGUGAUAGUAAUAAUGAUGAUGAUAAUAAUAAUAAUAAUAAUCAUAAAGAAUAAUUUCUUACAAUUAGAAUCAUUUAAUAUUUGUUAAUCGUAUGAACGUAUCUAAUGAUCUAGACAGAAAAACACAUACUUCUAACAUAAACAAACAAGUAGUUACAUCGAGUGUGUACAAUUUUGGUGACCUGGUUAUAUACCCAUAUAUAUGUAUGUAUAUGUAUAUAUAAAAAAAAAUCUAGUGUGUGAUCUAGUGUAAGAUCAUAAAGACGAUCCAGUAGUUUCGGUAGAUCGAUUCUCGCGGAUACCGUGGGAAAUGUUUGAAGGUGAGAAGAAGAAUCGAAGAAGUAAGAACGAAGAGUCGGUGAUCGAGGAUCAACGUGGAUCUAUGUGGAUAGGACGAGAUCGGGGAAGAAGACGAAGAUAGAAAACAGAUAGAAAAAGAAACGGAGCUAUCGAAGAGGAAAAAGAGAUAUAUAGAUAGAUAGAGAGAAAACAUAGGAUAUUUUUACCUGUUUCUUUCUUUCUUUUCUUCUAUCUUUUUUUUUUUUUUUAAUAUAUAUAUUUCUUUCUCUCUUUUUUUCUCUCUUUCUUUCUUUCUCUUUUAUUAUACCAUGGCGUCGAGAUCAUCGACCUUUUCCUGGAUGCUGCGAUAUCUUCUGCUGUCGUCCUUCGUCUUAUGGGACUCGACCAUAGCCCGUGGGACUAAACGUGGACUUAAACAUGGUCAAAUCGGUCCACAUGGGACAAGCAAAAGCCUAAAGAACAGCGGCCUCUUUCCGUCAACCUUUAAUGUCGCCGCUAAAGCUGAAAUAUUUGUUAAUGCAACCUGUGGCGAGGAUGGGCCAGAAACUUUUUGUAAACCUUCGGAAUCGUCGAGAUGUGCCGUUUGUGAUUCCAGAAGUCCUGACCCAGGAAAGAGACACAAUAUCAGCCAUGCUUUAGAUUCUAAUCCCAGUAGAUGGUGGCAAAGUCCUACUUUAGCUAGAGGAGAUAAUUACGAAUACGUUACUAUUAUUCUUGAUCUUAAACAAGUCUAUCAAAUCGAAUAUGUGAUCGUGAAAGCAGCGAAUUCUCCGAGACCAGCUGCAUGGAUACUCGAGAGAUCAGUCGAUAACGUGAACUUUCAACCCUGGCAGUAUUACGCACCAAGCGACGAGGAAUGUUGGACGAGAUAUUCGGCACCACCUGUGCCUGGUAAGCCGGUUUACAUAAGCGACGAUGAAGUCAUUUGUACGAGCAUUUACUCCAGGUCGACGCCUAUGGAAAACGGUGAAAUCCAUACGCACUUGGUUAACGGUAGACCCGGUGCCCUAAAUCACAGUACAACCCUUCAAGAAUUUACUCAAGCAAGAUACGUCAGACUUCGCUUUCAAGGUCUACGGAGGAACGGCGUUGUAAUAGCCGAUAAAAGAAAAGCAUUUUAUUCGAUCAAGGAGAUCAAUAUCGGUGGACGUUGUCUAUGUUCUGGUCAUGCUGCUCGUUGUCGAUACAGUGUUCAACAUGGGCAUCAAGAAUGUGAAUGCGAACGUCACACGUGCGGUGAAAGAUGUGAAAAGUGUUGUCCCAUGUAUAAUCAAAUACCAUGGAGACCGGGUACCGCCUCCAAGGGCUUUCAUUGUGAGAAAUGCAAUUGCAAUGGACAUGCAACGUCAUGCGUUUACGAUCCGGAAGUCGCCGAUAAGAGGAUGUCUAUGGACGUUCGAGGGAAGUUUCGAGGGGGCGGUGUUUGCGUCAAUUGUACGGAACACACGUCUGGUAUCAAUUGUGAGAAAUGUCAAAUAGGUUACUAUAGGCCUAAUGGUGUUGCACCCGAUGCACCUGAACCCUGUUUGCCCUGUGAUUGUAGUGUUCAUGGUAGUACAGGCUAUUGUACACCAGAUGAUUCUUAUACACAUAUGGGAAAGGUAGCAGGUGCCUGUGAGUGCAAAUCCGGCUAUUCGGGAUACAAAUGCGAUCAAUGUGCAGCGGGUUAUCGUCAGUAUCCUGACUGUAUGCCAUGCCCAUGUGAUUCCCGGGGUAUCCUGCCGUCUCACGAUUGCGAGGGCGAUUGCCUUUGCAAGGCCAACGUCGACGGUGAAUUUUGCGAUCGAUGUAAAUCAGGGUACUUUGCAUUGACCAAGGAUAAUCUUGACGGUUGCGUAUCUUGCUACUGUUUUGGUGCAACUGAUCGUUGCGUUGCUGGGAAGCUCUAUUACACGAUGAUUUCUUCGUUAGAAAAUUGGUUGGUUACCGAUAUGAAUGGUUCGUUAGCAGUAAUACCAACAUUAGACACAGACAAUGGUUGGCUGACCGUGGCUGCGUUCGAGGUCGAAUAUGAAAGUCCUUACUGGUUAGCCCCACGAAUCUAUACGGGAAAUCGUCUCUCGUCUUACGGUAGUAAUCUCACAUACACCGUCACCUGGGUCGUCAUGCGUGGCGACACCAGUGGCAAGCCUACCACCGAACCCAACGUUAUUUUGGUCGGUAACAAUGGCAUGCGUAUAGCUUACGGCGAAGAACAGUAUAACGGUCAGGAGGCGGAGAUAUCCGUGGCCUUGACCGAGCAAGGCUGGUACCACGUGCGAAGUGAAGUCCGAGACAUUCCUACAAGACUAAGGAGAACCGAUUUUCGCGGUGAUCCUGUCAGUAGAACUCAAAUGAUGCAUGUAUUAGCCGAUCUAAAAUAUCUCUUGAUUAGAGCACAAUAUCAUUCCGAACAAAUCGAAGGAAGUCUCCUGUCUGCAAUUCUUCCGGUUGGUGACCCCGUACAAUCAGAAGAUGGUAGUCAAAGUCUCGUAGAAAUGUGUGAAUGUCCUAGAGGAUAUGCAGGUCUAUCUUGCGAAAAUUGUUCCUGGGGAUACGUGAAAGUAACGAGCAAUGGUUCUAAUCAUCAGGAUUAUCAUAUUUGCGUCGAGUGUGAUUGCAAUGGUCACGCUUCUUCUUGCGAUCUUGUAAUGGGUGAAUGUAAGACCUGCGAGCAUCAUACGAUUGGUCCAAAAUGCGAUCGAUGUUCAACAGGAUAUUAUGGGAUCGCAACGAAAGGAACACCGGAAGAUUGUAAAAAAUGUGCUUGUCCAUUGUUCAUCGAGUCGAAUAACUUCAGUCCAAGUUGUCAAUUGGAGGAUCCCACGGACAAUAAUAGCGGUUAUGUUUGCACUCAAUGUCCCGAAGGAUAUACAGGCGAUCAUUGUGAAAGCUGCGACGUGGGCUUUUAUGGUAAUCCAUCAACUCCGGGUGGUACUUGCGAGCGAUGUCCUUGCUCAGGUGGACCGUGCGAUCAGGAAACAGGACGUUGUUUAGAGUGUCGUGGAAAUACCGAAGGUUGGAAAUGUGAAAGAUGUAAAGAGGCUCAUUAUGGGGAUCCAUUACGUCAAAAUUGUCUUCCAUGCGAUUGUGACCCGAUCGGCAGUAGUUCCGUUCAUUGCGAUCGGAUGAGCGGUCAGUGUCCCUGCAAACCUUUGUUCUCUGCUCGUGACUGUUCCUUCUGUAUAGAAGGUUACGGAAACGUGAGUGCAGGUUGCCAACUAUGCGACUGCGACGUGGGUGCCCUCGACGAACUUUGCGAUCCCGUAAGCGGAGAGUGCAGGUGUUCUGAGGGUGUAGUUGGUUCACAUUGCGACAGAUGCGACAUCGAUCAUUACGGUUUAUCAACAAGCGGUUGCCAAGGAUGUCGUUGCAACAUGAUAGGUUCGAUCAGUUCGACAUGUGACAUAGUAACUGGUCAAUGUCAAUGCAAAUCUCACAUAAUCGGUAGACAGUGCGAUCAAUGUCAGUCAGAUUACUGGGGCUUGACAACAGGAACAGGAUGUGCUCCAUGCAAUUGCGAUCCCAUCGGAUCUUUUAAUUCUUCCUGCCAACAAAAUACAGGAAUAUGUUAUUGUAGAUCUGGCGUGGCUGGUCCACGUUGUGAUACUUGUCUCUCUGGUUAUUAUGGUUUCUCGUCGAAUGGAUGUCAACGAUGCGAUACCUGUGUGAGACCAGGACAUAUUUGUGAUCCCGACACAGGACGUUGUGUAUGUCCAAGCUUGACCUACGGUGAACACUGUGAUCGAUGUAGACCAGGUUCAUGGAACUUGAUUCCAGGAAUUGGCUGCAAGCCAUGCGCUUGCACCUUAGGCUCGAUGAGAUCUCAGUGCGAUCAUCGAGGUCAGUGCGUUUGCAGGAUCGGCUACGAUGGUCUUAGAUGCGAGAGAUGUGCUAAAGGUUACUAUGGUUAUCCAAGAUGUCGUCCUUGUGGAUGCGACGCUGCUGGAAUUCUCUCUUGUGAUGGAGAGAUCUGUGAUUGCAAUGAAAAUGGGCAAUGUUCGUGCAAGGAAAAUGUCGUUGGCAGACAAUGUAAUCGAUGCAAGAAUGGUACCUUCGGCCUAGCAAAAGAUAAUCCGAAAGGUUGUACCGAAUGCUUUUGCUUUGGUAGAAGCAAACAUUGUCAACAGGCUGGUUUCAGUUGGGGAUUGAGAAGAAUUAAAAAACCUAGGACCCUUUUUAUUAACGAAUCGGUCAACGAUAUUAUGAUCACCGAUUCAGGCUCAACAGCAGUUUUUGUUUACUCGAAUAAUGAAUUAGAUGUCAUUAAUGGUUUAACAAUAAUUCCUAACAUUGAAGGAGACGUUAUACUUCCAGCUAAUUUGUAUUAUAAUUAUCAUCUUUAUUGGAAACUUCCGGAAACGUUUUUACGCGACAAGGUUGCAUCUUAUGGUGGAUUAUUACGUUUUGCUACGUCAACUGAUGGUGGUAUAUCAUUGAGAUCGGCACAUAAAUAUCCACUUGUACAACUACAAGGAAACGAUAGGAUCAUCCUAGAAUAUUAUUUGCACUCGCCUGUUAAAGAUAAUCGCUAUGAAGUCAGAUUUCACGAGUCUUUAUGGCAAUUACACGGCAGACCAGAUUACAAAGUUACCAGAGAGGUUUUGAUGGUCGCUUUACAGAAUGUGCAACGUAUCUUCAUAAAAGCCACAGACAAUGCGGACUUUACGAAGACGACCCUUCUGGAAGCAUCUUUGGAAGCUGCAGUAUUAACUCACACUCAUUCUCCACCAUUGGCAAGUGGCGUUGAGAUUUGUCAAUGUCCUCCGGAAUAUAACGGCACAUCUUGCCAAGAUCCAAGUAUAGGCUUCUAUAGAUCGUAUGAAAACACAACCGUCACGUCCACUAUAGUAAUCGAUCUUGUCGGACAAGCUAGGCGUUGUCAGUGCAGCGGUAGAUCAGAGAUAUGUGACAGAGAGACGGGAUAUUGUCAAAAUUGCAGAGGCAAUACUAUCGGUCCAAGAUGCGAGAUUUGUGCAGAUAGCUUUUAUGGACAUCCUGAGAUCGGUGGCUGCAAACCUUGUCCCUGUCCACAGGUUGAUAAAAGAUUCUCAAGUAGCUGUGUCGUUCGCGCUGAUAGUGAGCCGAUUUGUCACUGCAAGCCUGGUUACACCGGCAGAAUGUGCGAACGAUGUACUCACAAUUAUUACGGUUUCCCUAAUCUACCUGGUGGCCAAUGCAUACCAUGCAAUUGCAAUUUAGCAGGUAGUACUAGCGAUAAAUGCGAUGAAAAAACAGGACAAUGCAAUUGCAGACCAGGUUCAACUGGAAGAGAUUGUUCUCAAUGUACAGCUUAUCGUCACGUCUAUAUCGACAACGUUUGCACGUCAUGUAACGACAACUGCACCGGAAUUUUAUUGGACGACGUCGAUACGAUGAUGGAAGAACUUGCAGCUGGAACAUCUCACAUCGCUGAUGGUUACGUACCUCCUCCCUGGGAGGAACUAACUUACAUCGAAUCGAAUACGAGUUUUCUACUAGACCAGUUGAAGCUGCAAAGCCAGCUUAAGCAGAGAAUGAAGAACGUGCCCUGGUACGAAUACAAAAAGCUCAUGAAAAACGCUGAAACUUUGUUAAGAAAUGCAAACGAUCAUACUAAUCGUGGCAAUUUGUGGAAGAACAAGUCGAAUGAUCUGAAAAACAACAUUUUCAGUGCACAAAUUGAGAUCAGAAAUCUUUACGAAAGUAUCAAAGAAACUAUAUCACGAUUAAAUUCUUAUGGUGAUGAUAACAAAAAGAUUGAAAUCAAAAAAGCCUUGGAAACGGCGAGGACGAUACUGCACGAUUUAAAGAACGUGAAUUUACCAAAGAAAACUGCGAAGAUUCAAGAUUUUAUCAAAAACGCUAAAGAGUAUGUCGAAUGGUUAAAUUCAGUCUGCAACUCAACGGAACCGAUAAUGAUAGCUCAAGAAGACACUGAUGAUUUCACUUUGAAGUUGAAUGAUAUGAAAAAGAUUUUGGAAGAAACAAUGGAGAUUUUAUUUACUUACGAUGGUCUUUAUAAAGACAUUAAUAAAACAUACGUGGAAUUCGAAAAUUAUUGUAAUCGAAUUACUGCAUUGGCAAAAGAGAUCGAUGCGAUGAACGAUGGAAAACAAUUGAUUGAUGAAGCAAGAGAAUUCAUUAUUAACACACAGAAUGAUCUUCAAAAUCUUCCAGAUCUGAAAAAGAAAUUAUCUUUUUGGACCGAUGAAUUACGUGUGAAAGAAGAAAUAUUAUACAGAUUAAAUUACGAAUACAAUGAUAAAUACGUCAUUCCAGCGAUCGAACAUGCGAAGAAUUUGUCAAAUUAUGUGGAUGAUUACGUUAGUCUGUUUUCGGAGACACGCGACAUAGCGGCUAGCCCGCUGAAGGCGAGUCAAGCUUACAAGAACAUCGUUGAUAGCUUGACAAGAGCUAAAGAUACUGCGUUAAUGGCAAAAGAGACAGCUGAAAAUACGAAUUCUCAGAUUUUUCCAAACGGAAAACAAUCAAAAUCUAUGUUGGACAACUCGAUAGAAGUUCUACGUGAUUCAACUGAACAAUUAAAGAAAGCCAAUGACAUGAAGGAAACCGUCGAAGAUUCGUCUAAUAAAACAGAAUUGCAGGAAGCUGCUGUGAAACUUUUAAAGAAUACUUUAAACAAUACUGGAAUACGUGAUAACAAUAUAAAUGUGAAAUUGAGAGAAGUCCAGAGUGAAAGCAAAGCGUUGCAAGAAAAAUUAGAACAAGUUAUGCAAGACAAUAAUGAAGUUUCGGAAUCACUGACCGACAUGCAGAGACUAAUCGAUGACUACAAAAAAGGAAUUUCUGAUAGAUUACAAUCAAAGUUCCAAGAUCUAAAGAGAGAAGGAGAUUCGAAAAUCAGUUUAGCCAGUGAAAAAUUAUCAGAAGCUUUGAGUAACAUUAAGAAAGCAGAUGCGAAGCUAAUAAGUUUAUCAAAUGCUGCAGUGAAACGUAAAAGUAUUUUCGACAAAUGGAAUGAUACGUUAACAUCAAAGCUACAAAAUCUCAAAGACAAGAUUGCAGAGGCUAGGAAUACUGCUGAAGGAAUUCGAAUUUCCGUGAAAUCGAUGGAAGACAAAAAAUGUAUCAGAUCCUAUAGACCAACAACUCUUCAACCAUCCUCAAUGACAAAUAUAGUAAUGACUUUUGCUAUUCCUAAUAAUCGAAAAGAAGGAUCUUUACUUUACCUGCCUAGCAGUAUCAACGAUGAUUUCAUAGCUUUAGAAAUGAUCGAUAGGAAAGUGAAAUUUUUGUGGAAUGUAGGAGGAGGUACAGGAAUCUUAACACAUCCUGAAAUUAUCGAAAGUGGUAAACUCAAAGAAGAUAGAUUUUGGUAUCGCAUUGAAGCUGAAAGAAUAAGAAACGUUGGUAAGCUCAGUGUUCGAAAACAAUCUUCUACAUCUGGGAGGUAUCUUCCUGUGAUGAACUCAACGAAUCCAGAAUAUGGACGAUUCGAUGUCAUCAGUAUGGAUCGUGUUUGGUUAGGAGGCAUACCAGAAUCUCAAAGAAGACCUGUUGAAGUCAGUGCUGUUAAUGGUUUACCUGCUUGUGUUCAUCAGGUCAUUCUUGAUGGAAAACCUAUUGGUUUAUGGAACUUUGUUACAACUGCACCAGACAUGGCCUGUGAAGCUUGCAUGGAAGGAACUGAAGAUAUCAGGGAUGACAUAGCUUAUAGCUUCAAUGGUGAAGGCUAUGCUGUUAGAAAUAAAGUAUCUUCUGGUCCUUACAACAAAUAUACGUUUGGGGUCUCUAUCAGUUUCCGUACAUACGAUGAAAAUGCUUUAAUCUUCUUAGCAAUUAAUGAAAAUAAUAAUCAACAUAUCAUGAUAUUUCUUCGAGAAGGAAGAGUCAUUCUUCACGUCGGCUAUGGUGGUAAUGUUAGUAUGGAGAUGUCCUCCACUUACAAAUACAAUAAUGGUAAUUGGACAACGGUAGAUGCCUUUAGACAAUAUCAGUUACGUAAAAGUAUUGAGAAAUGUAGCUUAAACGUUGGUGAAGAAAAUGAUAAGAAGAUAGGAGCGCCAACACCUCAGCCUAAGAAAGAAGAUAUUCCAGAUUUAGCACAAGCUAAAUAUUAUUUCGGUGGUGUACCACCUAGUUUUAGAGCUGAAAAUAUAAUACUACCAUCUCAAGUAUCAUUUCUUGGUUGUAUGUCUAAUAUUAUCGUACAAGAAGGCUAUGAUCCUAUGGUUGAACAGUAUUAUGGCGUUGAACCAACUUGUGCAAACAAGCCACUAAGAAUAGUAGGAUUUUAUGGAAAUGGCUAUCUCGAACAUUCCUCCUACACUUUACGUAAAAUAAGUUCAUCUAUGAGUUUCUCAUUCAGAACUCUACAAGAAGAAACUCUUCUAUUGUUAUCCACGUUCCAAGGUCAAGAAGAAAAAUUGUACAGUCCACAAGUCAUUAAUGAGGAUAUAACGAGAGAAAAUUAUUAUUCCGUCUGUGUGAUGAAGGGACAAGUCGAAGUACGAUUAAACGCUGGCAAAGGAGAGCUUAUUCUUAGAUCUAAUAAUACUGUCAAUGAUGGGAGAUAUCAUACUGUUACAAUUAUUAAAAAAAGAAAGGAAGUUGAAUUGAGAAUCGAUGAUGCUUAUCAAAGUACUGGGAGAUUACCUAGCAGUGCAGCUAUUAAAGCGUCUGAUUCUAACGGUGGCCUCUUCUUUGGUGGACUUCCAGCUUUGAUUAAUAAUACAAAAAUGGUGACUACUAAGAUUCCUCUUUAUGGUGCAAUUAAAGAUGCUAUCUUCAAUGAUGAAAUCCUAAGAUUCGACGAAGUCACAUCGUUUGAUCACGCACUGAUUGGUCGACCUGGACCUAGCAUGGGUAAAGAUCUUCCUAAUUACACACCUUCUGCUUCAUUGUCAAGAGGAAUGUCUACUCAGCCUGAGGGUUGUCAAAAGGUUCCAUAUUACUCUUUGGAACCGGGAGCAUUAAAAUUUGGUGACAAAUCACACAGCCAUACUCAACUCUAUUUAAACUUCAAAAAAUUCUGGGAAAAAAAAUAUACCAUUGAGUUUGACUUUAGGACUUAUUAUCCCAAUGGUCUAUUAUUUAUUACACCGGGACUUAGAUUAAAGCAUUAUUUGAUGAUCGUUAUUAGAGAUGGACAACUUUUGCUUCUUGUCAAAUGCAAGCAGAAAAAAGAAAUCUUGUUCAAGACGCCAUUCAACGAUGGAAAUUGGCAUCAUGUUGUAUUGAGUCACGAUGAAAGAAGACUGACACUUGUUGUAGAUACUCAAACCCCUCGUACGAUCAAAGUACCUAAAAAGAUUGGAUUAGCUCCGAUGAUGUAUAUUGGUGGAUUACCAGAAAGUGGUACUCCAUUACCAGAACAAAUUGUGGUGAAAUUGGAGACUUUAAAGGGAUGUAUAAGAGGCUUAAGAGUUAAUGGAAAUAUCUAUGACAUGGUCGGUUCCACCAGUCGAGCUUAUAAUGUCGGUCAAUGCUUUCCUAGUGUAGAAAGUGGAGCUUAUUUUCAAGAUGAAGCUUACGCAAUUUACAAAAGAAAUUUUGAAUUAGGAGCUGUACUAGAACUUCAACUAGAAUUUAGAACUUCAGAAUUAUCAGGAGUUUUGCUUUCGAUAACUGCUCCUAGUGGCUCUCCAUCCUUAUCCUUGGAAUUGAACAAUGGCAAAGUAAUUAUGUCUGGUGAUUUGGGAGAUAGUAAUCCAUUGUACGUGGAGCAACGAUUUCCUAGUCCAUAUGCUAUCUGUGACAAUCGUUGGCAUCGUAUUCAAGCUGUUUAUAACGAUGAAGAAUUAGCAUUAAAAGUUGACGAUCUAGAUCAAAAAUAUGGAUUGCCUACUAAUGUUAAUUAUCAUUUCAUGGAAUCCACGACUUUAGGUCCCCUUUAUAUCGGUGGUUUACCAGCUUCAGCUAUGAAAGGAACGUUACUCACGCGAGAUCAUUUCAAUGGAUGCAUAAGAAACGUAAUGAUAGGAGGAGAAAGACGAGAUUGGACAGAUAUGGCUGAACUGCAUAAUAUACACUUGAGUUCUUGCCCGAUACAAUGAUGUAACACAUAUUAGAUGCAAAUUUGAAGUGCAUCGAAUCAAUCCAAAGACUGUUACGAGGCAGACGCGCAACAUAGUGACGAAUAUUCUUAUGAAUCCUUUGAUAAAUAAUCGUUAAAUACACAGAUAAGUGCCAUAACGCGACAAAGGGAUUAGUAAUCCUUAAGACGUAAGACUUAGUGAAGCCAAAAGAUGCUAAAAUAUAAAAUCUAUUAAGCUCUAAAGUUAGUAGGAAACUUGAUAACAGUCUGCGUUUAGAAAACAUGGCACAAAAGCUCGUCACACAAUAUCCACAAUUGUGAAAACAGCAAUUUUAAGAAACUAUAUAUAUAUGUAAGUAAACAAAUCACUACCCAGUGUUGGACAAUAUUUAAUUUAAUUAACGAUUAAAUGUUUACUUAUAUUAAUAUUGGUGUUUUAAACAAUUAUAUAAAUUAAUCGAUAAAUAUAUAAAUUAUUUGAAUCAUUUUAUUCUACAUACACAAUAUGAUUACAAAAUUAUGUCGAACGUUACUUGACACGAGUUCUGUAAAAUUAGUCAAGAGUGUCACUUGACGAUCAUUUUAUGUCUUAUCGUAGAAUCGUCCAUUGACGAGCUUCUUUGAAGACCAUUAAAUUUUUUAAAUGUUUUAUUAUACAAAGCAGAAUCAUUGACUAACUACUUCGUAUAUAUAGAAUCAUUUAUCAUUUCUUUUUAAAUGUUAAUAAGAGAUUAAGAAAAAUAUGUAAUAACGCAAAUAUUUAUUUCAUGGCAA